GCCUAACUGAAUAUAGGAUGACAGUCCACAUUUUUGGUGCCGUCUCAUCGCCCAGUUGUGCCAAUUAUGCUCUGAGAAAGACAGCAGCAGAUCAUGCACACAGUUAUAACAAACAGGCGAUUGACACUGUUUACAACAACUUUUAUGUGGAUGACUGCCUGAAGUCUGUGGCCACAGAGCAAGAGGCAGUGAAGUUGGUGGCACACCUUAUUGAGCUGUGUUCUACAGGAGGAUUUCAGUUGUUGAAAUGGACAAGUAACAGCCGAGCAGUGUUGUUAUCCAUUCCAGUGGAAAAGCGCUCUAAACCAACAAGAGAGCUUUACCUGGAACAAGACAGUCUGCCAGUGGAGAAAGCUUUGGGCCUCAGCUGGAGUGCAGAAAAUGAUACGUUCAGCUUUGAGCUUGCAUUGGAAGGAAAACCUCACACU